AGAGCGGCCCAGGCGGCGGUCAUGGCGCGGCGGCUGGUGCUGUUCGACCUGGGCGGGGUGCUCUUCACCCCCAGCCCGCUGGGCGCCUUCGGCCGCUACGAGGCGUCGCUGGCCCUGCCCAGGAACUUUUUGCAAAAUGUCAUCCUUGGAGCAGGCCCUGAUGGUCCCUAUGCCAGAGCGAUGAGAGGAGAGAUCACCAUAUCUCAGCUGGUUUCUGAGCUGGAAGAGGAUUGCAAGAAGUUUGCUGCCUCCUUGGGGGCUUCUCUCCCGGAGACGUUCUCCGUAGCACAGGUCUUUGAGGAUAUUAUGACACAAGGAAAGCUCAAUACUGCUCUUCUGCAAGCUGCGGUAACUCUCAGGAACAAUGGGUUCAGGACGUGUGUGCUCACAAAUAACUGGAUAGAUGAUGGUCCUCAGAGACACAUCACGGCUCUCGCGUUCUCUCUGCUGAGGAGGCAUUUUGAUCUGGUGAUUGAGUCUUGCCGCGUCGGUCUGAAGAAGCCAGACCCUCGAAUUUACGAGUAUGCGCUGGACGUGCUGAAGGCAAAACCGCAGGAGGUUAUUUUCCUGGAUGACAUUGGAGCUAACUUAAAACCAGCCCAGGAAAUGGGAAUAGCCACCAUCUUUGUCAAGGACACCGAUGCUGCCCUGAAGGAACUGCAGGACCUGUGUGGAAUUCAGCUCCUUGGCCAUGAAGAGACUCUGCCAAUCGCAUGUGACCCAGUGAACGUGACCCAUGGUUAUGUGCCAAUUAAGCCUGGAGUCCAGCUGCAUUUUGUUGAGAUGGGGGAUGGCCCAGUGGUGUGCCUCUGCCAUGGCUUCCCUGAAUCCUGGUUCUCCUGGAGGUACCAGAUCCCUGCUUUGGCUGAGGCUGGCUUCCGGGUCCUGGCUUUGGAUAUGAAAGGCUACGGAGAUUCCACUGCUCCCCUAGACAUAGAAGAAUAUUCCCAGGAAGAAAUAUGCAAGGAUCUUGUGGUUUUCCUGGACAAACUGGGCAUUUCCCAGGCAGUGUUCAUCGGCCAUGACUGGGGCGGAGCUGUGGUGUGGAACAUGUCCCUCUUUUACCCAGAGCGAGUGAGGGCAGUGGCUGGACUGAACACGCCCUUCAGACCUGCGAACCCCAAUGUGGAUGUCAUGGAGAUGAUCAAAGCCCAUCCUGUGCUUGACCAUCAGCUUUAUUUCCAGGAGCCGGGUGUUGCUGAGCUCGAGCUGGAGAAGGACCUGAGCAGAACGUUUAGGAUCAUGAUCCGAUCCAUGAGGAAGGAGGACGAGCUGCCUGUUCCACUCAACAUCGCCAACGUCCGGGAGCGAGGAGGGCUUCUGGCUGGCAUGCCAGAAGACCCACCUCCAAGCCAGAUCCUAGCGGGAGCGGAUCUCCAGUACUUCAUCCAGCAGUUUAAAAAGUCUGGCUUCAGGAGACCAUUGAACUGGUACCGGAACAUGCGAGCCAACUGGCAGUGGAGUCUCUCUGCGAAAGACAGGAAGAUCCUGGUCCCAGCUUUGAUCGUUACUGCGGGGAAGGACCUUUUUCUCCAUCCUAAUCUGAGUGAAAGCAUGGAGGAGUGGAUUCCCCAGCUGACCCGGGGCCACAUUGAAGAGUGCGGACACUGGACUCAGAUGGAAAGCCCAGCUGCCCUGAAUGGGAUCCUCAUUAAGUGGCUGGAGAAUGUUCACAACAGUUCUUUGCUGCAGAAGAUUUCGAAACUCUGAGUUUACCCUUGAAAGAUUUCAACCUCCAACUUCCUGCUUCAUUGGAGUAUCUUGCUGCUUGUGCGUGGGUGUGGGCCCUGCCAGUAUCACACUUCUGAUAAGCCGGGUUUUGCCCCUGGGUUUUGGUUUUCAAGCUAGCCAGUGGAAAAGGUGGGGUAGCCUGGGCUCAGCUAGCCACAUCAAGCCGUAUAACUGCCUUCCUUUGUGCUUGCGUCGGAAUGCAAGCGUCUCAGCGAGGGAUUGUAGCAUGACGCUCUGAUCUGGGGCAGUUCUCCCGCAUGUGUUGUGAUGUAAGACUACGGUGACCAGAUGUCCCGAUCUUAUAGGGACAGUCCUGA